CCCUCCCACCUAAUCACCCUCGAAUCUACCUCCACAAUGGCCACUCGCAGCGCCGCUCUUAAGAUCGACUGGGUCAAGGUGACCAGCUCGCUCGGCCUCCGCGGUCAGACGGCUACUUCUCUCCAGUCCUUCAAGAAGCGUAACGACGAUGCCCGCCGCAAGGUCCAGGUCCAGUCCGAACUCCCCCAGACCGUCGACUUCGCCCACUACCGCAAGGUCCUGAAGAACCAGGCCAUCGUCGACGAGAUCGAGAACCACUUCAAGAGCUUCAAGCCUGCCACCUACGACGUUAACCGUCAGAUCAAGGCCAUCGACGCUUUCGAGGCCCAGGCCGUCCAGAGCGCUGAGCAGACCAAGGGCAAGGUUGAGUCUGAAAUCCUCAACUUGGAGAAGACCCUGGAGAACAUCGAGACUGCCCGGCCAUUCGAGGACCUCACUGUUGACGAGGUUGCCGCUGCCCAGCCUGAGAUCGAUGAGAAGACCGCUUCCCUGGUCUCCAAGGGCAAGUGGAUGCCCCCGGGAUACAAGGAGCGCUUCGGCGAUCUUUCUGCCGUUUAAAUUGGCAGAAUCUUUCUGUUACUUUUACGCCUCCCUUAUCCCUCGACCAGUGUAAUCACACGAAUAAAUCCCCUUAUUGUCAAGGAUGUGGGCCAGCUAGGGUACUGUUCCUGCUGUCUGGCAGUGUGGUUCUUGGUUUUCCGGAUGUGUAUAGAAACGUUGUUUGAAUUAGAAGAUGGUUUCCUGCAUUCAUACGUUCUAUUCUGGCUGCUGUAGACACUUCUCAUCUUGGUCGAGCCGUGAAUCCAUUCUGUCGCACAUGUAAUCAGUGAUUCUAAGUGACCUAUAGUUUGGUAGGCUUAUUUUGAUCCGUCUUCAUCAUGGGGGUUAGUCGAGGUCAUUAUUAGGCACACAGUAUGGGGUACAAGGAACUACUUAUGCUGAUCCUAAAUUGAUAUAAAACAAAUUAAAUCUUUUUUUAGA